AUGGGUGAGAUGACCAACACAGUGGAGAAGGGACCUCCUCCUCUGCUACCUCGCACAAAUCUGGUCGUGGGAGACGGGGAGAGGAUCAAAAGGCACAACGGAUUCGGCGGCAAUAAGGGUAGCCACAGUCAUAACUAUGGGUAUAGCCGCAACGAACCGCCGUCCCGGGGACUCCAAGCAAAAGCCACAGAGGUUGGCGCGAAGAGAAACCCGCGCGAGCAACCCAACAGCAGCAACAGCUGCAGCAACGGCUCAGCGAAAACGGCCAGGGCGUUGCUAAGCAGCGCCAGCAGCAGUUCAUUUAGGGGUCCCAAGGUGUGUCCAAGCGAAAGGGGGAAGAAAAUCGUGACGCAGCUGUACACACAGAGUGGCAGGAACCCCCGGGGGAAGGACCAAGACACGAGGGGAGCCACCAAACGGAACAAAGAAAGUCACCUCGAGAGCAGCGCCAUGAGCAGCGCCAUAAGCAGCGCCAUAAGCAGCGGUGUAAGUAGCAGCCUAAAUAGCGGCGUGAGUAGCAGCCUAAACAGCGCUGUUUCGAUGGGCAACCGAUCGGCAAAUGUCACUGGUAGUAACAGCGAACUGAGCAGGAGGAGAGCACUAGUACCCAUCUCCAAAUUUAGAGGCAACGCAUAUGGGAAGAGCGGAAAUCAAGCAGAUGCAGCAAAAACGGGUUCUGGUUAUAUCAUAGAAUCUAGGAAAAACGAAGAGGAGAAACGCAGAAAGGAUGAACCCCUCAGAUGCAACCUCACCAAUUUUAACAUCUCCAAAAAAGGCACCAAGGAGAGUCAUCUGAAUCACAAAGAUCCUAUAAGUGAAGAAAUGGAAAGACACAAAAGAGAACAAAAAAAAAAAAAAAUAAAUAUAAAUAAAAGGAGGAAAAGCGACAGUUCAAAGAAUAUUUUUUUCAGUAGACAGCAUGACUGCAGUGGGGAGGGAGAAGACGGAGAGGCGAAGAACCAGGGGAGGAAUAGGGCGUCCAGCUUUAGGAAGCGCAGUGAUAGUUAUGACGAGAGGGGGAAGCACUCCAGGGGGGGAGGAAGUACUUCUGAUGGAGCUGGACGUAGUCCUCGCGACGGGGGAGGAACCUGUUUCGAAAAGGAGACGCUGAGCGAUAACUCGAGAAGGCAGGACUUGAGAAGGCAGGACUUGAGAAGGCAGGACUCGAGCAGGCAGGACUCGAGCAGGCAGGACUCGAGCAGGAAGGACUCGAGCAGCCCGGCCAGCCAACGAGAAAGGAAGGAAAUGUCCUACUUUGAGUGGUUAGCUAGGGAGAAGAGAAAGAAGGGGGAAGGCAUUACAAGCACAGGUGAAGCAGCAGUUGUGGGGGAAGCAUCUGUUGUGGGCGAAGCAUCUGUUGUGGGCGAAGCAUCCGUUGUGGGCGAAGCAGCCCUUCUAGGCGAAGCACCCGUUGUGGGCGACCCCGCAGCUGUGGGAGAAGGGCCAACGGACGCAGAGGCCACUCCCUGCGAGACGAGCGAGAAGGACCCACUGAGUGACGCACUGCAAGACGAGCACUAUCACCUGAUGUUACAACCAUUGAGCGCAUUCAAUCUCACGCAAAACGAAAGGAAUUACGAGCAAGAAGACUUUAUAGUCGACAAAAACCCCAUAGGAAAUGGAAGGACAGGAUUAGUUUUUAAAGCCAUCAUUAAAAAAGAAAACGAUUAUGUAGCAUUGAAGGUGAUGGCUAAGGAUACCAUCGUCUCAUUAAAUAUCGAGAGACAAGUCCUGAAGGAAAUAAUAAUCCAAGCAAGCUUAAAUCAUAAAAACAUUUUACAGUUAAUAGCCUAUUUUGAAGAUAGAACCCGUUUAUUCUUGAUUCUGGAGCUAGCCAAUGGAGGAUCUAUAAGAAACAAAAUGAAGUCAGAUGCACAACCAUUGCUAGAAGAACAAGUAGCUCUAUACGUAUACCAAAUUGCAGAUGCAUUAUCCUACCUGCAUAAAUUUAAUAUAAUUCACAGAGACUUAAAACCAGAUAAUAUUUUAUUGCAUCACUCGGAUGAUCACAAAGGAGAUAAGAUUUACAAGUAUGGUAUGAUUAAAAUUGCUGACUUUGGUUUUUCUUGUCAGCUGAAAAAUAAGAGACAAAAGAGAAGUACCUUCUGUGGGACUGUCGAUUAUAUGCCUCCGGAGAUCAUUAACCAGAUCCCUUAUGACUGCAACGUUGACUUGUGGUGCCUGGGCAUUGUCAUCUUUGAGCUGCUCGUCGGCUUCCCCCCCUUCACGGACGACACGCAGGAGCGCAUAUUCAGCCAAAUCAAGGAGCUGAACUUCCACUUCCCCAAAGCAAUUUCGUUGCAGGCGCGGGACCUCAUACUGAAGCUAUGCAGUAGAACGGCGGACGAGCGCAUCUCAGCCGAACAGGUGAAGACCCACCCCUGGGUGAAGCAGUUCCUUUAG